AUGACUAAGCCAGAAAAGAUCCUCACGCGCAAAAUAAAAAAACGUGAGAAAAAGAAGUUGAAUUUAGUAAACAAAAAAGCAAACGGUGUUUCCAACGAGGUACCAGAAACGGUACUGCAAGAAGUUGUUACUUCAAAAAGAUCAUGUGAGGUUAAUGAAAAAUCACCCCCCAAAAAGAAAAAGAAGAAUCUUACACACAAAGUGAAAAUUGAACCACAACCAUUGAAAGAAGAAAGAGAAAGUAAAGCAGAAAAUGGGUCUGAAAAUGAAAGCAGUGAUUUGGAAAAUGAGUCUAAGACCAAUUUUGAUGAAAGUCAGUUACCUGGAUCUAGCUUAUGUCUUGGGAUUUUAUCCGAUCAAAAAUUUACAUCUUUAGAAGGCAAGGUCUGCGAAUCUACUUUGAAGAGUAUAAAAGAAAUGGGAUUUACCACCAUGACAGAAAUUCAGGCAAAAGCAAUCCCACCACUGAUUGAGGGCAGGGACCUUGUGGGUUCAGCUAGAACUGGAUCAGGAAAAACCUUAGCUUUUCUUAUACCAGUCAUUGAACUGAUUUACAAACUUCAAUUUAAACCAAGAAAUGGUACUGGUGCUAUCAUUCUGUCACCAACAAGAGAGUUAGCUAUGCAAACAUUUGGAGUAUUAAUGGAAUUGAUGAAAUAUCAUCAUCACACGUAUGGCCUGGUAAUGGGUGGUGCUAACAGAAGUACUGAGGCCAAGAAGUUAUAUAACGGUAUAAAUAUUCUAGUAGCAACACCUGGACGAUUGUUAGAUCAUUUACAAAACACACCAGACUUUUUGUACAAAAAUCUGCAAUGCCUUGUCAUUGAUGAGGCUGAUAGGAUAUUGGAAAUUGGUUUUGAAGAAGAAGUUAAGCAGAUCAUCAAGUUGAUGCCAAAACGCCGUCAGACAAUGUUGUUCAGUGCCACACAGACAAAGAAAACCGAGGCUCUGACCGCCCUGGCUAUAAAACAAGAACCAAUUUAUGUAGGUGUCGAUGAUCACAGGGAACAGGCUACUGUAGAUUCUUUAGAGCAAGGCUACAUCGUGGUUCCAGCUGAUAAACGUUUGAUGGUUCUAUUCACAUUCCUUAAGAAGAACAGAAAGAAAAAGGUGAUGGUAUUCUUCUCUACGUGUAUGUCAGUAAAAUAUCACAAUGAACUCUUCAACUAUAUUGAUCUACCUGUUAUGUCUAUACACGGAAAGCAACAACAGACAAAACGUACAACAACGUUCUUCCAGUUCUGCAAUGCCGAAACUGGUAUAUUGUUAUGUACAGAUGUAGCUGCUAGAGGUCUGGACAUACCUGCAGUUGACUGGAUUGUACAAUAUGACCCUCCAGAUGAUCCCAAGGAAUAUAUCCAUCGUGUCGGCAGAACUGCAAGAGGCCUUGGAACCAGCGGACAGGCGCUAUUAUUUUUGCGCCCUGAAGAACUUGGUUUCCUCAGGUAUUUGAAGCAAUCGAGGGUUGCGCUAAAUGAUUAUGAAAUCUCUUGGAAUAAAGUUGCCAAUAUACAACAGCAGCUAGAGAAAUUAAUAUCCAAAAACUACUACCUUAACCAAUCUGCGAAAGAAGCGUUCAAGAGUUACUUGCGAGCAUACGACUCGCAUCAUCUCAAAACAAUAUUCGACAUCGAUACUAUAGACAUGGCGCAAGUUUCAAAGUCUUUCGGCUUUGUAGUACCACCAGCUAUCGAACUAAAGGUAGCGAAUAAGGGACCUCCCCAGAAGAGGAAAGGAGGGGGAGGUUAUGGAUACUACAAGUCACUAAAUGCUCCAUCUAACUUUAAAAAUAAAGCAGAUAAAACUAAAAUAUACAGACAAAAGGGCAACAACAAAAAGUCCUUCAGUUGA